GUGAAUUUGCGACGGAUCUGAACUGAGACUCAUUUUCGUUGAUCGACGCGUGAUUUAGUGCCCAGAAAUUGGACGCGACAUCGAAAUGACUGGAAGGAGGCUCUCGAACGACCUGGAGAGCUCGUCAACAAAGAAGAUCAAGAUCAGCGGAGAUGCACAAGUCGACCCAGAACAUCAAUGGAUUGCGUCUGAAGAUACCUGUGCCGAAUGGUGCAGUAUACAGCAGGAUGGGAAAGUCCUGUUGGAUAAGGCGAGGAUCAAGUGCUACUUGCCUGGGACCGAGCGUGAGGAUUCUACCUUGAUGUGUGAUGUGGUUCAAGGGAGAAUCUUAGGUGCAAAGGUGUAUCCACUGAUUUUCAAAACCGCUCAGCCAGAAGCUACGGACACGGUUCGAUUACGCACUCUACCCUAUUUUACGAACCUCGUGGCAGAUGCUGCAGAUGGCGGCUCACAGUACAAGUCUUUAACCCAAGACCAGAAAAAGAUUGUCGCUGUUGGCGUUCGUGAUCUGUACAUUGCGGAGUCGGCUGGCCUGCUGAACACACGGGAAACGGAAACCUUGGAGAAAAUGGUCCAAAUAAUAGACGAUGACCUGGAGACGCGACAAACUGGAGGAAUGACGGUUUCAUUCCACCCAUCAAGGAACUUCAGCAUCAUGAAGUUCAUCGAAAACCUGGACGAUAAACUGGACACUGAUCAGUCGAAUCUGUAUGCCCAAUUGAUGGAGACGCCUAAACUGUUUGCUGUUUUUGUCAAUCCAGCCGACCUGUCCUACCACAACUUCGAGAAUAUUGUUCCUUUGGACUCGUGGCUCUAUUCAACUUUAUCUCAACAACGGACUCCAAAGCUGGAAUUGUCAUUAACCGACCCAAUUCGGGUGCAAAAGGACCGCGAGGUCUUCACAUGCAGGCUCCGAGGUGCCGCAGGUCCCCUGUUGAAGGACCUGUCAUCGUUAGACUUGUUUGUUGCACCUCUCAACAAAGGCACUAGAGGCGGAGACCGGUUUAUUUUCCACUCUGCCCUUCUUAGCAAGGCCUUGACGGAAGCCUUGAAGUCGAGCAAUGUGCUUGACAAGCUUGGCGAAGGCCGGCUGAGUUCGUCAUUCGAGUUUGUCAACUACGUCUUCAGGUGCAACCGAUUCGACCCAGAGGAUUCGAAUUUCCACAGUCAUUUGGACACGCCAUAUUAUGACGCCAAUCGUUCUCACGUAUCUAAGUACACGCUACUCAUUUACCUGACUCCGGGGAGGAAUGAUCCAGUUCUGCGCGUCAAGGAUGUAUCUCUCGAUGAAGUGGAUGAAAUGACCUGUGUCAUUUUUGACCAGAGAUACGAGCAUGAAGGACGACCAUUCUUGGAUGGAAGAAAGGUUUUCAUUCGCACGGAACUGGUCUUCCAAGAUGACAAGCUAGACCACAACAAAAAGAUUGCCGCACUCUUUUCUGAGGCUUGUUACAUGACUGGUCAGAGUGUGUUUGACAAAAGCCUGGUCACGUAUGCUCAUGAGUGCUUCGAGCGCGCGAAUGCGCUGCACUGGGCAGUGGAACGAUCCGCAGCUCAGCCGCCGAUUUAUCUUUCCAAGCUUUUUCAAGGUAUUCGAUUCCUGACGAAUGGGUACAACUACUGGUUCCCAAGAAGCAGUGGGAUUGACGCGAAGGACUGUGCUUUGAUAGCAUUACUGGAUUACUUCAACUGCAAAGUCGGCGACCAGCCUUUUCGAUCACUCGUCAUUUCGACUAAAAUUCAAGAAAGAUUUACCGGCACAGAAGAGAUUUGGUCAUUUCUAUCCUCCCACACACCGCAAACAGCUCAGCAAGGUUUGAGGAGACUAAGGCCGAGCGACGUUGAGUCUCUGAUCAAGUGCGAGUCAGAUAAGCCGUUCGUUGGCCAGUUUGAGGAUUGGGAUGGCGAACCCGAGGACCUCGAACACUUCGAAAAGGAUGGAGAUGGUUGCUGCCCGAUGCAUUCCUUCCCCAUGUUCAACCCCUGGAAAAGCAGAGAGAUCAUGGAGGCCUACGACUUGUGUUGCGAAUACACACGAGCAAAACUGUUUGGCGCUCCGCUGCUCUUUUUCUCCCAGGAGAUUGUCAUAAAUGAUACGCGCAUUCAGAUAGUGGGGGACAAAAUUUUCAUUCUUCGAGAAAAAGAUGGCAAAACCCUUCCGCCGAUCAAUUUUGCGGCAUGUUGGAGCGACGACAUGAGUCCUACAGAUUUCGUCGUGGUUGGAAAUGAGAUAAAAGCCCCGGAUCUUCUUGUCCCGCCCAUGACGCUCCAUGAGGCUUCUGGAGGCUAUACUCUCGGCUUGGACUUUUUCCGCAACGAUUGGAUGAUUAGAGUUGAUGAUGAACGCUCUAUUGCUCUACCGGAUCUCUCUGAGAGACCUGACGAUGGAAUCCCGUUUGCGAGCACAAUACCCGAAGCAACCGAGGGUAUGGAGCUGAUGUUUGACUUUUUUGAGCACACUAAGACGUAAGUGUAUGAAGGAACGUAAAGGCUUAGAGACAGCUUCAGCAAUAAACAAG